GGGAAAUUACGUCACGCAGUUUCCGGAUUUUCAUUCGAGGCAUCAUGGCCGCCUCCAGAGGUACCGUGGUGGGGUCUCUGCUGUUAAGAUAUGGAAAUAAAUUUGCAGGAUCGCACAUCGUCGCCACAACAGUUGGCCGACAGCCUGUCAGAAGACAGAUCUGUACAAGCUGUUGUCUUCUGCGGAAAAACCUGGCUGCUGCUGGCCCAGAGAAGUUCACAGAGGAGUUUAUCAAGAAACAGGUGGAGGAGUUCAACAUUGGCAAACGACAUCUAGCCAAUAUGAUGGGAGAGGACCCAGAGAAUUUUACACAAGAAGAUAUUGAUAGAUGCAUCAGGUAUCUGUUUCCAUCUGGCUUGUUUGAGAAAAAAGCGAGGCCGAUUAUGAAGCAUAUCAUGUUUCUAUAUAAAUCUGUGUUUGGUAUGUGUUUGCAGCUCAUUGGUAGGCAGCAGAUGGCUACGUAAGGAGGAGCUGGAGGAGCUUCUGGUUGAGGAUAUCUCUGAUUACGAUUAUGCCCGGUUCAUCCAGCUGAUGGAGCGGCUACUGUCGAUGCCGUACAGUGCGCUGGAGGAGGAGAGUGUCCUGCAUUACCGCCGCCAACUGGAAGUCCAGAGCAGCAAGCAGGAAAUCCCCCCACUGCAGCACGACCAGCAGGGGGCAGCCUUCAGCACGGCUGUGGGGAGGAGGAAGACAGCUACAGCAUCUGUAGUCCUGAGAGAUGGCGGGUCUGGAAAAGUGACCAUCAAUGGGAAAGAUCACUUGCAGUUCUUUCCUGUGCUGCAGGACAGGGAGCAGCUGAUGUUCCCGCUGCACUUUGCGGACUCGUUAGACCGUUUUGACGUGGAGGGUAGUGUGAUUGGUGGGGGUCACUCUGCCCAGGCGGGGGCGCUACGGCUCGCCCUCGCCCGCUGCCUCCUCACCUUCUCACCUGAGGGCAAAGUGGAGCACAUGAGACAAGGUGGGACCUUCACCUACUUAUCCACAGCCAAACAGACAAUAUUUUAGUCAUCGUAUCACCUACUUAUCCACAGCCAUCGUAUUACCUACUUAUCCACAGCCAUCGUAUCACCUACUUAUCCACAGCCAAACAGACAAUAUUUUAGUCACCGUAUCACCUACUUAUCCACAGUCAAACAGACAAUAUCUUAGCCAUCGUAUCACCUACUUAUCCACAGCCAAACAGACAAUGUCUUAGUCACCGUAUCAUCAUGGACAAUGUACAUCACUUAGCCAAUUUGGUCUCUCAUUAAUACUACUCCUCC